AUGUCCAACCUCGACCAGUCCCUCGACGAGAUCAUCUCCGCUGCCCCCAAGCGAUCCAACCGAAAGAACCGACGAGGAGCAAGCGCUGCUGGAAACGGUGGAGUCCAGAAGGCCACCCCUGCCGCCCCCAAGGCUGGUACCCCCAAGAACAAGCAGCAGAAGCAGCAGCAGCAGAAGAAGGUCGCUGCUAUUGUCAACCCCAUUGACGAGGCCAAGAAGCUCGCCAGCAAGGUCAUUAUUUCCAACCUGCCCCAGGACAUUGGCGAGGACGCCAUUCGAGACUACUUCAAGACUGAGAUCGGACCCAUUUCCGCCUGCACCAUGGUCUACAACAAGGGUGGACACCCUGCCGGAAUCGUCAAUGUCACCUUCAAGCGACAAGGUGAUGCUGCCAAGGCCGCCGACAAGUUCAACGGUACUUCCAUCGACCGUGGAAAGCGAUACAUGAAGGUUGAGUUGGUUUACGACCCUUCCAAGACCCCUCUGUCUGCCCGACUCCAGCCCAAGCCCGAGCCUGCUCCCGCCAAGGCCACCGUCAACGCUGCCGCCAAGGCCAAGCAGCAGCAGCAGCAGCAGCAGAAGAAGAAGGCCACUAAGCCCAAGCCCAAGAAGGCCCCCAAGAAGACUGUGGAGCAGCUCGAUGCCGAGAUGGCUGACUACUUCCAGGAUUAA